CUAAAACAGAUUAUGAAAAAAAUGCCAAAUGUGAAACUAAAAAUAUUAAUCUUAAGGCAGAACUAAAGAAAAAUAAAAAAGAUAUUAACAAUUUUUUAGCUAAAAAUUCUGAACUUAAAAUCCAAGUAGCAAAAUUAAGUCGUGAUUUCGAGAAAAUCAAAUCAAAAGAAAUAACUAAUGAUUAUCUAGAAAAAUUACAAAUUUUCUUAUUAACUAAGAAUAAGAUA